AUGCAUAAACUCAACUUAAUUAUAAUUACAAUUUUAUUUCCUCCAUUAGGAGUUAUCAUUCAAAAUGGAUUCACGAGUGAUGUUAUGAUCAAUUUGUUAUUAACGGUCUUAUUUUACUUCCCCGGGUUAAUCCAUGGAUUAUAUGUUAUAAAUCAUACCGAGAAAUAUAACCGAUUUUAUAAAUUAUAUCCAAGUUAUUCCCAAAUAAAGGAAAGAGAAAGAUCUAAAGAAAAUAGUAUACAAGGAUCAAGAAAAAGUUCAAGUUCCGUUGAAUCCAAAUUCUUGUAUCCUUGA